UUUAACUUUAUUCUGUUGACUAUUGCAUCUAUUUUAUUUAAAGGCAAUAGUGCGCUGAAAAAACAAAUGCUGACAAAGUGCUUUAGACAUGGGUACAUUUACUUUCCAGGUCUCAAAAAAAGAAAAUUUCAAAAUACAUGAAAAGCUUAAAGAUGUGUGGUGUAUUAUUAAUUAGUUAUUGUGGAAAGCAAAAAUCCCAGUGAUUUAGUGUUCAUUUAAAUGUGUGUCCCUUAUAUAAAGCUGCCUUCAGAAGUUAAAAGUAUCUGUUCAUGUUAAUCCACAGUGCAUCCAGGCAAAGGUCGGCACCUUCACUCAGUUUUCCUUGAAAAUGUAUAAAAAGCAGAUUCGUUUAGAUGAAGGGUUUGGAUAGGUGUGAGAGUCCCUUAUAGCACACAGAAAGUUACAUAAACAGUAUUCCAGUGCUUUUAUAAAGACCUGGAACCCAGUUAAGUAUGCAAAGAAUUAUUGCUGCAUGAAUUACAGUAAGAGUGAUUAUGUUCACGUACUGCGACACAAGCAGCCCUGACAACUAUAUCGUAGGCAGAAUGGGUGCACGGUGGGCAUGACCUUCUAUUGAUUUGAAUGAGUUGAGAUUACUUGCUUUAGGAUUACAUAGCAUUAAGCUCAGCUGUUCCACAAAUGUCCCCUGCUUUGACCUAGCUUGACCUGCAGUUAGACAGCAACUAAAGCCACCAAGAGUCAUACAUACAGAUACAGAGGAUGAGACACUAAAAGAAAGAAUUCAUAUUUUAAAUUUAUUUUGCAGCUCACAAAAAAAUUACUGCCAAUUACCUCUAAUCCAUGCAUUGUAACACUGCACAGAUUAAUUAAUACAUGUUGUUAACUCUGUAUUUAUAAAGAGGUACUGCAGCUUUGAUCCAAUCAGAAAGUAAGUUCCUAAGAUGUGGUUUAUCUCCUGUCAUUACUACCUGCUUCCCAAAUCAUCCUUUUUGCUGCUUUGUUCAUGAGUUGCCCUGCAUUCUGCCUGCACAAAAAGUUACUUCUGUGGGUGAUUGCGGUGUUUUCCCAGAUUCGCUGUCAGUUUGGCCAUCCAUCACACAUUAUGGGAUUUUCUAGAAAUUUAACUCAAUACUUCUGGGUUAAAUUUGCAUACAACUCGGCUGUUAUACUUUAAUUGUACACUAUGUCAAACAUUAUGUCAUUCAGGACCCCCAACAUGUCAGACCCAGGGUUAGCAAUUAAACUUAACAAUAAACGAAAUCUUUUUUUUUCACUUGCUUGGUUUCAUUUUACUGUAUUCAAAUGUCCAUUCUCUUCAAAUGUCUGUGUCUAACACACACAUUCAGUAGGUGUGAGAAGGGUGUGUUACCCAUCCUAUCAGGUUAAAGUCUGAGUGUAGAAUUACAGCAUUGCCCCUCCUGCAGGGACAAAGAUCAGAUUGCUCUUUCAUGAAUGUGUGCGUUUGUGAAGUGUGAGCUCUCUGAGGAGAUGAGACAGCAGGACUUGUCCUGAAUUCCUUUAUAUAGUAAAGGAAUAGUGGAAAAGGUAGUGGUUUGGAAUUAUUUUAGGAAAUACUUAAUGCUUUUGCUUAUGUACAUAUAAAGUAAAAGAAACAGUGGAGUUGUAACUUUAGUGGCUAUGUUGCUUUUCACAGCAUGCAAGCUAUCGCACUUGUUUCUCUAAUCUCCAUAUUAGUUUAGCUCAAGGAUGCAUUAACAGUAAUACAAGUUGAGCCUGGUGUUUGUACUGUUACUAUCCAGGCCUUCAAAGUUUGAAAUACUCCCCCUUUUAUUUCACCCUCCCUUUCAUUGCAUCUGCCAUAUUGUGUCACCUUUUAAAGGUUCUGAAUUUGGCUACAGAGCCAAGCAACAAUAAAGUUGCACUGCAACAUUAUUGUAGAUGCAGUGCAACUACAAUAAUGCUCCUUGGUUAAAUAUUGAUGUGCUGCGUGUUGUUCCUUCUGCAUUCUUGUGAAGCUGCAGCAACAUAUGAAUGUUCUCGCUCAUCGUACAUCGCCGUGGCAUCCUAAAUGGCUGAUGGCUCUUUAAGUGGAUGGUGGGGUGGGGCUAUAUACCAUGUGCUCUCUGUACACACCCCUUCCACAGAAGCAGCUCCUGUACUGCAAUAUUUGAUUUGGUGUGUGCAUCCCUAGUUGUGUGUGUGACUGUGUACAGCACAUUAAAGCGUGUCCGUCCUCUGCUCUCUCACUUCCCAUGCGUCACUGGUCCAUGUGCUGCUGUUGUCAGGGAAACCCUUUGCCAGCACCGGCUCAACUUCCACCACUGGAUUCGCACUGAAUAUUUUAACAAACCCCGCUCUCCUCAGUUACUCUGUGUUUGUGUGUGUGUGUGUGCUCUGUGCAGUCACUGCCUGGGUGAUAUGAUUCUUCUGACAAGUUUGCAUUCACACAAUAGACCUAGCAAGGGAGAGCUGAAGCAGGAGAAAAAGGAAUGCAGUAAAAGUAGUGACAGCAGAGGCGGCAUCUCGGGAGUCAAAAGAAGCACAAUCCUUACAGCUCUCGACCAAGCCAGUCUUGUGGAUUAAGUCUUCUUUUCUAAGCCAGACUGCAAGAGCUCAUCCUACAAGAGACUCUCUCACUCAUAGAGAGACUCUCUCUAUGCCAUUGCAGGGAGUAUGGACUUGGCUCAAUGAGCUGCUCUGUUUGUCUCUUCCACGCUCUCCUUCAUCCACCACAUUUACUUUCCUCCAUCUCCACCACCUUUUUUCCCCUAUCUCCUUACUCAUGUUUCUUCUUCUCUCUGUCGCUUCUUCCUGCUGUCUUAAAGUCAGAGCAGCAACCUGAAGAAAAUUGCUGUUAGCACUAGCUAUUAGCUACCUACGUCUUAGAGAAGGUGGCUUUUAGGGGUGACCUCGUCCAUCAUCAUCCUCUGGCAUUCAGGACAGACCUCUUCCCCCACCUCCCAUCCUCACCCAGCAUCACAGGGUGGGAUGGGACGGGGUUGGGUGAGUUAGGCUGGGGCUCAAGGGUUAGCAACAGGGUAGGCAAUGCCAGAUAGUAAAGGACGUGGGGAAAGAGGAGGUGGAGGUGGGUGUUUGCAAGGGAAGUGGAGGCUGAGGAAGCGAGGUAACCGUUCAGCUAUCCCAGCACUUUUCACCAUCACUGAGGAGGAGGAGGUACAGAGACGAAGAGAUGCUUGCAAGAGAAAGACAAAAGCAUCGUACUCUCACUUUAAGUCAGAGGAUGGCACCGUGUCUUCAACCACCCGUCCCAGCUCUGCAGGCUCUGGGCAGACCUACACUCCCAGCCUGACCCCUACACCCACUCCUACACCUAGUCGCACCACCAACAGCAACAGCCCCAGUAACAAUGCUGGCACCAAAACAGACUCGCUGCUCUUCAACAAGAUUGACGAGAGACUUAGGUUGGCCCGUGAGCGCCGGGAGGAGCGUGAAAAACAGAAUGCUGCCAAGGAGGCCCAGUGGCAGGCCCGUGAGGAACGAGCCAGGCAGCACUAUGAGAAACACGUUGAGGAGAGAAAGAAAAAGCUGGAGGAGCAGCGGGUAAAGGAGGACAAGAGACGGGCUGCCGUGGAGGAGAAACGUCGGCAAAAAAUAGAGGAAGACAGGGCUCGUCAUGAGGCAGUGAUUCGCAGGACUAUGGAGAAGAGCCAGAAAACCAGACAGAAGGCCAACCGUUGGUCUUGGGGAGGAACUCUGCAGACAAACACUCCCUGCACAACAGCUGGUUUUGUCGAGUCAGCUUUCCUCUAUCCACUCGACCUUGCUGGACUGGAGCACAUGCAGAGUGCUUUCAGUCUCUACUACAGAUACGGAAUGACAUCCCAAUAUGCUGAUAGGCGCUCAGUGUCCACAAUGAAUUUAUCCAAGCAUACAGACCCUGUCAUUACCAAGCGCCUCUCUUGCUCCUCUGCCACACUCCUGCACUCACCAGAUCGAGGCUUACAGAUGAGAACAGUCUCCUCCCCUGUCAUAAACAAAGCUCAGUCCAAACCCCACCUGCAUCAGGGAAAGACCAGCCAACAGAAAAACACAGGACUGCGCCGCCUUCCACUGACGCCAUGGGAGAGCAACAUGGUGAACCGCCUGCAGCAGCCAACACACUCCUACCUGGCCCGCAGCCGCAGUGCAGUGAGUCUGUCAGGAGACCAAUCAGCCAUGCCUGUGUGUCCUCGCUCAGUUUCCUGCCACCCCAUGGGCUCAAUGUCCUUCAAGGCCCUGCAGGCACAGCCACUGCCUCACUGUCGCAGCCAGGAGAGGAACCUCAGCAGGGACGCAGCUUCCUCGUCUUUAAACACCUCGCGCAGGAGGACAACCGGAACAACACAGCGGCAAAAAGACCGUGACAGUGUCAGGAAGUCAUGGAGCAACCUGACACUUCCACUUGCUCCUGUUCUCUCAUUGCCCCCAAGCAAGCGCUCCUCUUCCCCAAUCAAAAAGAGCGGUAAAGUGACAGCACCCUCUCCUGGCAGACCUCCACAGAAACCAGUGGGGCGACCUCCAACCCCCAAGUUACUAAAGUCUCCAGGGGCAGAAGAUCCUGGAAAUCUUCGUCCUGUCAGGAUCACACCUGAGAGUUCCCACCCUUCAACACCCAGAGGAGAGGAGGAUGAUGAGCAGGUCCUCAGCCCUCCUCAGCCUCGACCUCAGCCACUGGGUCAGAACAAGAGCUCAAAUGAGCAAACGGCAACCAGAGAGAGUGUAAGCAGUCCACCAGCUCACAAGCCUUCAGCAGGCACCACAGACCCGGAGGAGGCGAGUCGUAUCCUGGCUGAGAAACGACGGCUGGCCCGCGAGCAGAGAGAGAGGGAGGAAGAAGAGCGCAGGCGACAAGAGGAGCAGGCAAGAUUAGCGAAGGAGGAGUUGGCUCGCCGAAAGGCAGAGGAGAGAGCAAGGAGAGAAGAGGAGGCUCAACGCCAGGCCGAGGAGAGGAGGAAGAAGGAGGAGGAAGAGGAGAGAAAGGCAGAGGAAGAAAGACUUCGGAAAGAGCGAGAAGAGGCAGAGAGACUACAGAAACAGAAAGAGGAGGAAGAGGCUCGACAGAGAGAGGAGGCGGAGCGACUGAGGCAGGAGAGAGAGAGGCACUUCCAGAAAGAGGAGGCUGAACGACUGGAGAGAAAGAAGCGUCUUGAGGAGAUCAUGAAGAGAACACGGCGUUCAGAGACAACUGAAAAGGUCAGAAAUGGAGACAAUGCAGUGAACCCGACCUCUCCUGCUGCGUCAGCAGCAACUGAGACGCCAAGACACAAUAGUAACGGCAACUUAAGCCAACCAGAUACCACCCCAAACCCCAACACCACAGCACUGAGCCAUCCUGACCAGAGGGAGAAUGGGGAGUUUGAAGAGGUGCUUGUACUGCCUUCACAUUCCAGGUUGUCUCCUCCUGAAGGAGAGGAGGAGCAACAGCAACAGCAGGAGGACAACAGAGUUCCUGUCCUAGCCUUCUCAGAGAAUGGUCUACUGAAACCUCUAAGCAGAGUAGACGAUAUAUCAGCCCAGCAGGGAGCAGAUGUUGCCUGAUGCCCUGAUGCAACAUGACGAUUCCACACCCACAGACAUGAAGGAGAGGUCAAACAGAGAGGUGAAGUACAGAGCUGUUGGACUGAAUCAGUAGGACAACUCUCAGCACUAGAUUCUUCCUUUCUUCCUCUCCUGUGACAGAAGAGCACUGUUCCCAAAGAUGGUGUCUCCAAACAUCUUGCAAGGGCAUCACUGAGAGAGAUUACUCUUCCCUCAUCCUGCACUCUGUGGGGCAAAGCUUGUUUUUCUGUAUCUGAACAUGAUUACACUUGGUCAUCAUGUAUAUUCUGUGUAUAGCCACAGGUUUCCCUGAUUCUUAAAUGAAUGUCCUGAAAUCACAGCAGGGCAUUGAGGCAUUGAGUGUGUAUAGUCUUGUGAUGUGCGUGAUUGAGAGCGCGAAUGAGAAACUGACAAAGAUGUAAAAACUAAGAUCAGCUGUCAGUCAGCGGCUGUGAUACUUGAACGUUUUUGAACUAUUUUUCUGUAGACAGAUUGUGAUCAGCGAUGGGACUUUAGCUCAGGCCCCAAUCUAGCUUCGUUUAUGAAUUUUUGUCUCUAACUGGAACCUUAUGGUUCUCACAAGGUACUAUUUCUGCAGAAAUGUGAGAAAUAAAGUGUGCUACAGGAAUAAUAUCAGUGCAUGAAGUUGUAUUAAGACUAAUGCAAAAAAGGUAUGUCAUGUAAUAUACUUUACUGUUUCUACAGUGUUUAAACUAGGUUAUUACUGGGGUGGAACAGGUGCUGGAGUAUUAUGACUUUAGGUUUAAUAAUGACAAAAAUGAACAUACUGUCAUCUGAAAACUGAAAAUGUAGGGUAUAAACUUCAGAUUUUUCUUCAAAUUGCUGUACAGAUAAAAUGAUUUGUCGUCAUUGUCUUUAUAUUCAAAUUUACAAAAACGUGCUUCAUUAUUAAGUUAUGCCCUUUCAUUCAUUCACAUUUUAACCCUGUCACAGUUGCACCUAUUCUACAUCCUGUCACUGCCUGUAAGCCACUUUUUUGGCCAAGUAAAUCCAAACUGGAUUGAAUGAAUUUACUGAUGUUAUUGUUAAAAUAAUCAGAUUUGUUUCCAAGGAUUUGACAGAUGCUGCUAAUUAUGACAUUCCUUGGCCUUAACAUAGUGUAGAAGGAAUGAUGUGACUUUGCUUCAUGAGCUCAAUCGCUUUGGCCCUUUGCCCAAACUCCCCAGUGGCUUUUUUUGAAUUCAGUAUGAAUCAUCAAAUAUUUGUGUCACGCAGUUAUAAAUAAUGCAACUCAUAAUUCAUAUCAUUUCUCACUAUAGCAAGACAAAAGGUGGAAAUUACUAAAUUUCUAGAACCAGGCCAUUACACUUCAUUUUCACUCAGCUCCUACAAAUGAUCUGCAUUAGGGUCCUCAGACUUGAGCACUGUCUAACAGUACCACUAAAGAAUAAACUUGUCUUGAUUAUGUACUGCAGGACAUUACCAGCAGUACACAUGGCAUGCUGUUAUAUAUUUGAUGCUAUAAAUGUAAAAAUGUAUAUUUUAUUACUACCACAAAGAUUUGAAUAUAGCCCUUUACUUCAGAGGAAGCAUGAGGUGAGCUCUCUGAAUCAUUGUAAAAGUAAAAUCUCUACAACUGCUGCAGCUGUACUGCUUCAAAUGAAUAAAACUUUUUGAACUGGUUA